AUGGCCGACCUUGACAGUCGCCAGGAUCCAUCUGAAGAGUAUGGGAGGCACCGCGGUGAAGAAUUGAUGCUUGAAAAUGCUUCUUUGUUUGAUAAAAUGAAAAAUUUAAGCUAUGUGACGUUUAUGCUGAUAGGUAUAGCGCUUUUGUGGCCUUGGAAUUGCUUUCUAAGUGCUUCGCUGUACUUCCAACAUGAUGUAUUUCAUGACGAUACUAUCUAUGCCAAGAUUUACAUCAGCACUAUGAUGUCCAUUUCAACUAUCUCCUCUGUAGCCUUCAAUUUUUGGCUUUCAAAAAGGCAGCACAGUUAUGCCGAGAGAGUUGUCAGAGGCCUAGUUUGGGAGGUUCUUGUGUUUGGGCUAUUGUGUGUUUUUGUACUGGUCCAUGGAGCUUUCCCGGAAUGGCUUAAUUUUGUAUUUUUGAUGGGCAUGGUUUUAGUGAGUUCGUGUGGAACGGCGAUGACUCAAAAUGGUGCUAUGGCACUGGCCAAUGUUUUUGGACCGCAGUUUAGCCAAAGCGUGAUGAUGGGUCAAGGCAUCGCAGGCGUACUACCCUCCCUUGUCCUGUUUGCCGUUUCAUUUAUCGGAGAUCCACGAGAUCAAAGCGUUGGCGGAAUAUUUGCUUAUUUUUGCACCACUGUGGUUGUCUCUGCGUCAUGUAUUGUCUUGUAUCGUGCCAGUGGUAUCGGAAGGGCAGAUAAGCAUAAAUUGCUUGGGGGAGAAACAAACAACAACGAAGCGGAUGACACGGUAUCGUUCUCCAUAUUGUACCAGAAAUUAAAGUUUUUGGUGCUCUCGAUCUUCACUACCUUUGUUGUAACUCUGUUAUUUCCGGUAUUUGCUGCUAAUACGUUUGUGGCCGGCUUGCCAAUGCAUAACUCACAGUAUAUUCCAUUCAUCUUCACCGUGUGGAACUUAGGUGACUUGUACGGAAGGGCAAUCUCGGGCUACCCAUUCUUUCAGUCUGCAAAAUUCACUCCGUAUAAGACCUUCUUGUACUCAAUUUCUAGAAUAGGUUUGGUACCAUUGUUCUUCUGCUUUAACCUCAAUGAUAGCAUGAAACCUUCUACCUCUGUCUUAUCAGACUUCGGGUAUAUUAUACUGCAGUUUGUCUUCGGGUUGACUAACGGCAAUGUGCUUUCGGUGUGUUUUAUGAAAGUGAGUCCCCAGCUGGGCUCAGAUAAAGAGCGUAGAGCCGCAGGUGGUUUCACGAACAUUUUUCUCUCUUCGGGAUUAGCUUUUGGGAGUCUCUUAAGCUAUGUGUUUGUCUAUAUUGUGAGUACUUACAGGGCGGGAGGAGCCUGA